AUGGCCAAGUUCACCAUCGUGCCCCUUGCCACCAAGACCCCCGCCCCACUGCUGGUAGAUGGGGAUGAUGUAGGAUUCAGUCCGAGAGGUUGUCUCCUGGGUCUGACAGUCUCAACUAUGGGCUACACUACCCACGUCUCCCAUCGCGUGGCAAGAGCAAAAUCAGCCCUUACCAGGCUAUAUCGCUUUAGAGACUUGGCCACUGGUCUUAACCUCCAUCUUAUAAAGGCUCUAAUUAUUCCCAUUCUCUCCUAUCCUCCUGUUCCUCUACACGCUCUCUCCCGUACAGCUAUUAGCAGAUUACAAAGAGUGCAGAACAGCGCCCUAAGGUUCGCCUUUGGUACAAGAUGGGACGACUUCACCAGCUCGGCAUCGCUCCACGAGGCCGCGUCCCUCCCAGCCCUCAACGUCCGCCUCCAAGAGAUGGCUGCCAAACUCUGGCAAAGAAUGGAUGACGAAGGUUGGGACCAGUACCGGGCGCUGAGGGCGCUGCACGAAGAGACUCCGCACCGGCAGCAUGCCUGGUUCCCCAGAAGCCUCCUAAAACUUGAAGAAGAACCUCCAGAACCCAGAUACAGAUCACUACCAAUCACUGGCAUGCUUGCCCCAUACCACCCGCGGAGCGCUGAUGCUGACGGACAGAGGGCUGCUAUACCAUUACGAGAGACUCCAGAGACGCAAAGCCAGACGGCGGCGAUGCAGCACCCAGUGGACUGA